AUGGUCACCAAAGAUCUACCAAAAGAACUGUUGAUCUCUAUAUUUCUCUGUGCCGUCGCUCAAUCACCUGCAACGUUGCGCGAGAAUGUUGACCGAAGUGUGGCAUCGUUGAAGGAAACUGUCGAGCACUUGCACGGUCUCUGGAAACAAAUCGAAAUCACUGCAAAGCGACUGGAUUCUGCGUCUUUUGGUCGCUUACUUCACGUGCUCGAGAUUCAUUUGCGGCGAUGUGGACCACUUACCAUCGACGUUCACUGGGAUGCGGAUAUACUCACGUCUCAUACUAUGGAGCUACUUGGAACAUUCGAGAGAUAUGCGCCAUUCCCACGUUGA